GUAGCGUCAGAAAGCUUACAUUUUGCCCCAGCCAUUGUACUCAUUUAUUCAACAUUGCUGGUGAGUUGUCCUUAUCACUUCUAGCAUGAUCUGCCAAGCUCAAGUGUUCUCAAGAUCUGCCAAUCUUCUUGCGUUCAAUAAAUGGCAAUGUGUGUUGAUGCUGCUCUCCAAUGAUUUGGUUCCAAUUGCCUUCACAGCCCGGUGGACCGCUCCGUCGGGAAAACCAGCUGCCCGGACAGUGGACCUGGGGGCGACUGCGAUGCUGAAAAAGACGCAGAUUUCUUCGACCUGCUGUUCAACGAGGUGGUCAAAGUCAACAAGUGAGUCGACUUUGCUAUCCUAUGACAAAAUUUCUCAGCAUCAGGACUGCUACAGCCACAUAGCUCUAGGGCCUGUGAAACCUUCCCCCCAUCCACUAGUAGGAGGCUGUCUCGGUGUGGCCCUUACCAGGCAACGGCUGAUAAGGGCCACGCCCGCUUUGUAGAAGCUUGGCAUUAUCCUUAGAUGACUGCGGAUUUUUGAAGCUCCCAGGACUGCACUGCACAGCUUCGCGGCAGAGCUGUUAGCAUGAGAUGUCACCUUGCGAUUCAUUGCUGUGAAUUUGCUUGUGCUGUAUAUCUUGCAACGUUAAUAAAUAUUGUGCCCAGGCACAC